AAAACACGAUUUUCCUUCCUUUCCUCACGAACGUCUCAAAUUUCCAGCCAACGAAACGACGAAAACAGUAGGGCUCUCGUGGCUUAUUCGGUGAAAACGCGCGCUCAUUGAUGACUGAUGAGCUACCACAAACCACAAGGAGCCAAAAGGCCCAAAACAACGCAGCCAACUGUAUACACUAUACAGAUCAAAAUAUUCUUAAUUUUUUUUUUCAUCUUUCUGGUUAUAUUUUGGAGACUGAUUUGAACUUAGGUUUCAGGAGCGAGAGAUUCUUUUGCUUGGAUUGGUUUGAAAGUUCAGUAUCCAUUCUUCUUUUCUUGAUUGGAUUUGGAUAGGUUGUAGUUAUUAUUAUCAAAUUCAGCGCAGGUGAAAUGCUGAGAUCUAUGCGUGAUCGAGAACUGUUAGGGUUAGCUAAAUCCUUGAAACGGUCCUAGGGAGCAGAUUGAAAUUUAUACAUGUUUAAGAGAUUCUGAGAAUCUGAGGUUUCCAUUGGUUGAUCUUAUUUGAACUUUCUACAGGCUCUUGAUUGAUGGGGUAAAUGGAAGGAAGCUAAAGAAAUGUGCGGAUCGAUUCUGGGGAAGGUCAGAACUCAGAAGCUUCACUUUGCAGAUUUGUUGUUUUUUAAUGGUUUUCUGCUAACUCUGGUGUCGAAUAAUGGAGAUUAGAGAGGUCGUAGGCGGAAAAAAAAUUUUGAAUAAUUUGAAAAGAAUGUAUAAAAUAUAUUGGCGCUCUGCGGUAGUUUUGGCGAAUAGAUAAGAAUAAAAAAGGGUUCCACCAAAAAGGUUCAAAGCCUAAACCCAAAAGAAAAAAAAAAGGUUUGCGACUGUUUACUUCAUUACUUGAUAUGAUUCUGGACAUGAGAAGCCUUGUCCACAAGUUGCUGAUUUUACCACUCUGUGUUGUCUUUAUCGAAGCUUGAGGACGUGGUUGCGCCACGUACAUGUCUGGAAUAAAAUGGGUAAUGUAAGGGCGAAGAUAGCUGUGGGGAAUGGCUCACAGUCUCCGACUGGAGAAACGGGACAAUAAAGUAAUUAAGCAACAGGAAAGGAUUCAAAAAUUAUUUUGGAGAAAUAUUAUUUUAUUUUCAGUUUUUUCUUUUUUUUUCGCACGCCGUGUCUGGCUUUUAUGUGGAAGAGAUUUUUUGGAAGCUCGAAGAAGAAAAGAAGGAAAAGUUUCGAGUUUUGUGAGGCUGAGAGCUUCGUCGGGAAAAGGUCGAAUGUAAUCAAAGCUUGGAUGUAUGGUUCAGUUCUCAGGUUGGAGCCACAGUAACUGCAGAUCAUCCCACGCAGGUUGUGGUGUUUGUGUUGAGAAACUAGGGUGGUGUGACAUGGUGCUUUUCUUUGAGUAAAUAUAAGCUGUCGGUUUGAGUCUGAACUGGGCUUUCGUCGUUUCGGUUCACAAUGGUGACUGCAGAAGUUAGAGAGUCUGGUAGAAAUCCGAGCAUUAUUAUUGCUGCUAUACGUGGAUGGUGAUGGAGGGUUCAUCCGAGUCUGGUUGGGAGAAAACUGAUAGUUCUAGGGAAUUGAAUACUUGUGCCGUCUCCAGCGGGAGCCUUGGGUUGUUUAGUGGUAGCAGGCUCCGUUUCUCGGGCGAUGCAUCCAACAAUGUCAAGUAUAUGCCAGGGGGAAAGGAGAGAGACCGGGUGCUGCUGACUCGCACCAAUCACCUUGACAAUCAAGUUGGCUCUUCUGGGGUGUGUGGGCGUGCCGUGGCAGUGGACUCAAUUGUUCAUCCCCUAGAGCGGGGUGAGGUUAGUCUGAGGCACUGGUUGGACAAUCCUGAACGAUCUGUUGACCUCUUGGAGUGCUUGCACAUAUUCAGGCAAAUUGUGGAGACUGUGAAUCUGGCACACUCACAAGGCAUUGUUGUUCAUAAUGUGCGGCCUUCCUGCUUUGUCAUGUCCUCGUACAAUCGUGUCUCCUUCAUUGAGUCUGCCUCGUGUUCAAGCUCGGGUUCUGAUUCAUUUGACGAUACUUUUAACAGCCAAACUGUAGGGGGUUGGUGCUCGAGCUCACCAUUAACCCAGGAGUUGAACUGUCAGAUAGGCAGGGUAGGCAGUGGAGAUUCCAUUAUGGAGGUUUCACAAGAAGGUACUUCCCAAAGGGCGUCGGAAACAAGUUGUUUGCGGUCAAGUUCAGCCUAUGCUACACGUUUAUCAUCAAUAGAAGAGAGAGAAGAAAAUAAAAUAGAGGAUAACAAGAAAUUUGAAAACGCUACGGAACAUAAGAAAACGUUCCCCCUGAAGCAGAUAUUACUUGUGGAGAGCAAUUGGUACACUAGUCCUGAAGAGGUUGCUGGUGCUCCAAGUUCCUUUGCUUCAGAUAUUUACCGUUUAGGGGUUCUUCUAUUCGAGCAGUUGUUCUGCACGUUUAGCUCCAUGGAAGAAAAGCUCAGAACAAUGUCCAAUCUGAGGCAUCGAGUUCUGCCUCCUCAAUUGCUGUUGAAAUAUCCAAAGGAAGCUUCAUUUUGCCUGUGGUUAUUGCAUCCUCAGCCAAGUCCUAGACCAAAAAUGAGUGAGGUGUUACAAAGUGAGUUCCUCAAUGAACCAAGGUGUAACUUGGAAGACCGCGAAGCAGCAAUAAAGCUAAGGGAGGAAAUAGAAGAGCAUGAGUUGUUGCUGGAGUUUCUUUUGAAUAUACAGCAAAGGAAACAAGAAGUUGCUAAUAGGUUGCAUGACACCAUUUGUUGUCUGUCUGCUGACAUCGAAGAGGUUCUGAAGCAGCAGAAGAUUCUAAAGAAAAAAGGAAAUUUAUAUCUAGAUUUAAAUAGGGAUGACCAUUCUGCAUUAGAGAAGUUGGAUGAUCCAUCAUUUCAUCUUAUAAGAGAUGAGGACUCUGCUAAUUUAGCAUCAAGAAAACGCUUUAGAUCAGGAAUCCAGAUCCCUAAUGAUGAGGAAUUUAGUGAGCCUGUUGAUGAGGCUCAGAAGUCAGAGAACCAGGAAAGGCUUUUAUCCAGGAGUUCUCGAUUGAUGAAGAACUUUAAGAAACUGGAAUCAGCUUAUUUUUCAACAAGAUGCAAGCUUAUAAAACCAACAGGAAAACCUGUUGCUAGAUGUUCACCAAUCAGUAGUGGUGGUAGGGGAUCUAUUGUGAUGACAGAAGGAAGUUCUGUAGAUAAUUUGGCUUCCAAGGAAGGGCAUGGUGCAAGUCAAAAGAGUGAAUGGAUAAGUCCAUUUCUUGAGGGCUUAUGCAAGUAUCUAUCCUUCAGCAAGUUAAAAGUUAGAGCAGAUUUGAAGCAAGGGGAUCUGCUAAAUUCUUCCAACCUAGUAUGCUCCCUUGGUUUUGAUCGUGACAGAGAAUUUUUUGCUACAGCUGGUGUAAAUAGGAAAAUUAAAAUAUUUGAAUGUGACAUGAUCCUAAAUGAAGAUCGUGACAUUCACUAUCCUGUCAUUGAGAUGGCUAGUAGAUCAAAACUCAGCAGUAUAUGUUGGAAUGGCUAUAUAAAGAACCAGAUUGCUUCAAGUGAUUUUGAAGGUGUUGUGCAGGUGUGGGAUGUUACAAGAAGCCAAGUAUUGAUGGAGAUGCGGGAGCAUGAGAGGCGUGUAUGGUCAGUUGACUUUUCACUGGCAGAUCCAACGAGGUUGGCUAGCGGAAGUGAUGAUGGUGCCAUUAAACUGUGGAAUAUUAAUCAGGUAGGGAGUAUUGGUACCAUCAAAACAAAGGCAAAUGUCUGCAGUGUUCAAUUUCCUCCAGAUUCUGCACGCUCACUUGCAAUUGGUUCAGCAGAUCAUAGGAUCUAUUGCUAUGAUCUUCGAAAUACAAGAGUACCACUAUGCACAUUAAUAGGCCACAACAAGACUGUGAGCUAUGUGAAGUUUAUAGAUUCAAUGACACUUGUUUCUGCAUCCACGGAUAAUACGCUUAAGCUCUGGGAUCUAUCAGCAUGCACAUCUCGGGUCAUUGAUAGUCCACUCCAAACAUUCACAGGACACACAAACAUAAAGAAUUUUGUAGGCUUAUCCGUAUCUGAUGGGUACAUAGUCACAGGCUCAGAAACAAAUGAGGUAUUCAUUUACCACAAAGCUUUUCCUAUGCCAGUGCUUUCAUUCAAAUUUGGCAGUACUGAUCCACUGUCGGGGCACGAAGUUGAUGACGCCUCACAAUUCAUUUCCUCUGUGUGUUGGCGUGGCCAGUCAUCCACUUUGGUUGCAGCCAAUUCCACCGGGAACAUCAAACUUUUGGAGAUGGUUUAAAAUGGUCUAUACCUUGAAGUACAAGUAAAAUUUUGGAGUUUUGACCGGUAUAAGCUAUUGAUAGAAGGGAAAAAUUAAAAAAAAAUAAAAGAUGACGACGAAGAGAGGAAGCGAGGAGCAUCUAUAAUUAAAACUGAAGAUGACAUUUAGCAGCCAAGAACAGGGCAGCGUAGAGAUUCUAGAGAAUACAAGACUGGCAUGCAAAUUUUGGCGGUUUGUUAACUGAGAAUUGACUUGAAAGAAUUUGGAAUUUGGCGAGGUGUAAUUGGGGAGGAAGAGAUGGGCGGUUUAUGUACAUUAAUGUAAUUCUUCCAAAUGUAUAAUCAUAUUAUAAAGUUGGGUUGGUAAUUUAAGUUUUAACUGGGUUUGUUCUGUCUAUUGUCCGGUCGAUGGAUAUAUUGCAACUCGGGCGGGUUGGAUCGGGGAUGCCAUUCCAUGCUUAACUCAAAUAUCUACAUAUUGAACAUAGUUC